AUGAAGUUUGCUGGCGUCAUUGCUCUCUUUGUGGCCGCUGCCACCGCUGCUCCCCUUCUGGGUGACGUUACCGGCACUGUCGGUAGCCUCGUCGACGAUCCCUCCAACGCCGUGGCCAAGGUCGAGGACACGGCCAACGGUCUCGUCGGCGGUGUCGAAAAAAUGGCCAAUAACGUCGUGGGAGGUGCCGAGAAUACUGUCAAUGGUCUUGUUGGCGAGGUCGGCCACGCUGUAGGCGGUCUGCUCAAGCCUGUUACUGGUGCCGCUGGCGGCAUCCUUAAGAACUAA